AUGGGGCGCCAGCGCCGCGCCGCCUACGCGACGUACCAGGAGCUCGCGGAUGAGCUCGCGGUGCUCCUCGACGACGAGGACGCGGACGAUGCCGCCGUCGAAGACCUCGCGGAGAGAGUCGAGUGCGCGUGGCUCAAGACCGGCGCGGGGACCAUGACGGACGCGCGCCGCCGCGUCGCCGACGACCGCGCGACGCUCCUCGAGGCCCGCGGCGGCGAGGCCUACGCGUCCACGGCCGCGGCCAAGGCGGCGCUGGACGAGGUCCUCGAGGAGGGCAAGCGGCGGCUCGACGCCUGGUGCGAGGAGAACCCGGACGUCGCCUUCGCCGUCGCCGUCACGGACCUCGGCAACGAGGCCGCCGAGGCGACGGACAUCGGCACGCGCGCGACGACGAAGCGCUACGUCGGCACCGCCGACGACGUGCCCCUCGUGGCCAUCCCGCUCGUCACGUCGGACAAGGCCUGGGAGGCGUCCGCGCUGGAGGCGCGCCUCAUCUGGUACGCGGUGCGCAAGUACGGCGACCGCAUCCUCAACACGUACCUCGGCGCGGGCCUGUUCUCACAGGACAACGCCGUGGGAUCCGUGUUUAUCGCCGCGAUGACGACGGCGCAGCCGCUGGCGGUGCGCAGCCCGAUCCGCGCGCCCGCGAAGGAGCCGGCGCUGCCGCCGUCGAAGACGGCGCGCGGCCCGCGGCCGGCCUACGACGCCGCCGCGGACCGCACGGUCGUCCUCGUGCGCGACCCGGGCGAGUACCACGUGCUGCGCACGUACGACGGCUUCCUCACGACGGCGUGGUGGAUCAACGCGGACACGGGCGUGUCGCACUCCAUGGACGAGCCGCACGUGACGCGCAUCAAGGCGCGCAUCGCGCUGGACAAGGCCAAGGACGCCAAGAUGAACCAGAAGCACCGGCCCUUGACGCUCGCGCCGCCGGGCACGCCGUGCCCCUGGCCGCUCCAGGUCGCCGAGCCCGCGGCCAAGCGCCGGCGCGUCCCGCCGCCGCGCGCCGCGAAGCGCGACGACGUCAAGUACGUCUGA